GUUAAAGAGGAGGUGUGGCGUUGUGUUAGACCUCCUUAAACUCACAUGUCUAUGUUCCGGAUUGAGAGCUCAGUCAGUGGUGUAAGAACAGAAAUAGGCUGUCCUUACUGGGCGGAACAGACUUCUCAUACCAGCUGCGUGGACCGGACCACACAUCUCCCUUAAAGAAAAGAAACUUAAAGUGUUUUUUUGAACUUUUUACGAUCAUUCGUGAGACAAACCUUUUCUGCGUAUUUCAGAAGAUCAGAAAGGAUGAAUUUCAUCUCAUCUAAAAGACUGAAUGGACGUUUAUGCCCCGUGCGUCCUCAGGACAUCUGAAUCUUCAAUGUGACUUUUACGCAUCUUCGGAAAACAGGUUCUUAUACUAGGAGGUUUGGAGAACAUUUACUACAUUUAAACUUUAAUAAUGCAACAUCCUUUGGAAAUUGGGGCACACUUUUAUCCCCCGGAUGCCCAUCCAGACCAAAGGUCUCACAGGUACAGGAGUUUCAUGAUUGAAGAGAUUCUUACAGACCAUCCGGAUAACAAGAUAUCAAGUCCCGCUGGAGACCUUCUAAAAUUUGGAGUACAUGCCCUUUUGUCGGCUAGACCAUAUCACAACCACUUGGUCCUGAAAGCAGAUCAGACAAGCAUCCUGAAGUUUCCAGUAUCUCCUCUGUCCUGCUCACUCGGAGCGCCGCUUAGCUCUGCUCUUUUAUCCGGGGCUGCGGGUCUACAAGUGGGCUCAUCGUCUCACCAUCUCCCGCUGGACCUCCAUCUCCGUGGUAAACUUGAUCCUGGAGGGGACGCAGUGAGCAAGACUAAGAAAGGAAGAAGAAGUAGGACUGUGUUCACUGAACUACAGCUAAUGGGUCUGGAAAAAAGAUUUGAGAAACAGAAGUAUCUCUCAACCCCUGACAGAAUAGACCUGGCAGAGUCUUUAGGCCUCAGUCAGCUUCAAGUCAAAACAUGGUAUCAAAACAGAAGAAUGAAAUGGAAAAAAAUCGUCCUACAAGGAGGAGGACUAGAAUCACCAACCAAACCUAAAGGUCGUCCAAAGAAAAACUCAAUACCCAGCAGUGAGCAGCUCUCUGAGCAGGAGAGGACUCGAGAUGCCGAGCGCUUAUCCGACGGUGCUUCAUCACUUUCUGAUGCAAACCAGGAGGAAUAAAGGAGACCAUACUGACCUAUGCGAAUAUUUACAUGUCCAGGACUCAGAGAAGCCCAACAUCGGCCUCUUUGGAUCAUUGCGCACCGAUGCCUUUAUUUUGGCACUUACAUAAAGACUUAACCACUUGGCCUGAUUUUGUACUACCUAUGUUUUGUCUGUUUGUUUGAUUGCGCCAACUUUUUGCGGCCCUCGAAAAGUGAUCUUGAACUUGUUUUCCAGGGACCAGACUCCGAUCAGUGGUUAGUAGGAUUGGUCUUUCUGCGUUGAAGGCUGUGGUAUCAUAGACUUUUAUCAGCAUAUAUUGUGCUUUUUGCUUUAUUUUUAUG